GGCCGCGGAACUGCGGAAGCGGCACCGCCGCCAUUCUGCAUUAUCGGCCCUCGCGUGAGUGCGUGUGUGCGUGUGUGGUGUUGCGAUUUGCCCGAGGUUCUCCCGUCUCGCGCCGCGUUUUAUACUUCGGCACGUCUACCGCGGAGAUCGUCCCGCGGAGCAGGGUAUCGCCGCCGUUAGCGACAGGUCUACGGUAAUCCGGCAGGAUGGGCCGCAAGAAGAAGAAGCAGUCGAGACCCUGGUGCUGGUAUUGCAACCGUGAAUUCGAGGACGAGAAGAUCCUCAUUCAACACCAGAAGGCGAAGCACUUCAAAUGUCACAUCUGCCACAAGAAGUUAUACACUGGACCAGGGCUCAGCAUACAUUGUAUGCAGGUAAAUAAGACUGCGUGCUCGCUACCUUUCUCUACCGCUUGGCGCUUCAACAUCGAUACAAGAGUCUCGUCUUUGCAGGUACACAAGGAGGCGAUAGACAAGGUACCGAAUUCAUUGCCAAAUCGUAGCAAUAUCGAGAUAGAGAUCUACGGGAUGGAGGGUAUCCCGCCGAACGACGCGAAGGAGCACGAGAGGCAGCGAAACGGCGGCCGGCCUGGCUCGCCGUCGUCCGGCGAGGACGAGCCCGUGCAGAAGAAGGCGAAGCCCGAGGGUCUGCUGGGCUCCGCGCCGGGUGCGAUGCCCGGUAUGGCGGGCGGUCUGCCUGGAAUGCCGCCGCAGCCGGGUAUGCCGCCGCUACCCGGUAUGGCCCCGCACCCGGGCAUGGCGCCGCAUCCCGGCAUGCCGCCGCAUCCUGGUAUGCCUCCUAUGCAUCCCAUGAUGCCGAUGGGUCACGUAGGACCUCCGUUCAUGGGCCCAGGCAUGAUGCCCGGCAUGUCGGGCAUGCCUUCCGGUAUGCAGCCGCCAGUUUCAGGCGCGUCGAUGCCGCCGGCGCGCCCGCUGUUCCCGAGCGCCGCGGUCUCGACGGCUGCGGCAUCGACGGCGGCGUCGGUCACCGGGUCCGCGCCGCUUGGCACAGACUUCAAGCCGAUCACAUCGGUGGCCGGCGGCGGUUCCAUAGGCCCGGUAAAGCCGACAUUCCCCGCUUAUAGCAGCGCUGGCGAGUCCGGCGUCGGUACAACCGGCAACCACAGUCUCAUGGGCGGCGAUCAGAAAGUGAAUCUUAUCGCGACCACCGGGGCCGCCAGCAAGAUCAUUCACCCUCCGGAAGAUCUCAGUCUAGAGGAAAUCAGGGCAAGACAGCCAAAGUAUCAGCGCCGUCAGACCGACGAGUCCGGACGAUCGACACAAUCGGAGGCCGCGGUAGCGGCGGUGAGCCAGCAGCAGCAGGCCGCCGCCCUGCAGCAAGCGGCGGCGCAGCAGCAGCAGGCGGUGCAGCAGCAGCACCAGCAGCAGCAGCAGCAGGCGCAGCAGCAGCAGGCGGCGAACGUGGCGGCGGCCGCGUUCCAGGCGGACCAGCAGCAGCGGCAGCAGCAGGCGGCGGCGCUGAACGCGCUGCAGCAGCAGCAACAGAGGUUCCCGCGGCCGCCGCAGACGGUCAUGGUACCGGCCUCAGCCGCGGCGAUGCCGGUCAGCUCGGUCGCGCUGAUGGCUCCCCUAAUGCGACCCACCAUGACCCUAGCCGCGCCUGCUCUCAUUCAUGGAGGUAACAUGAUGCGACCGCCCCCCAUGGGCCUGCCGCCAGGCAUGAUAGGGGCCCUGCCGCCGGGUGCCGCGAUGCAUCCGGCCUUCGCCGCCGCGCCGAUGGGCUUUCCCGGAACGAUGCUGACACCGAUGAUGCAUCCGCGCUUCAGAUGAUCGCCCCCCAUGGACGGGCCCAACCCUCCGCCGCUGCACUUCGUGCUGUGGGCCCGCCCCUAAUUUUCGCUGGGGUCUGGACCUGACCGAGGAAGAGACACGUAGAGUCACAUACACAAACGAGACAGAAAGAGAAACUGAGAGAGAAAGGGAGGGAGAAAAAGGGAGAGAUGAUAAUGAGAGAGAAGGAGAGAGAGAGAGAGAGAGUUCCCCGUCAAUUCUCUCUCACGAUUUGGUUUUUUCCCUUUUUUUAAAUCAUAUUGUUGAGAGACGGAAAAACAAAACAACACUGAGAGAAAGAGAGAGAGAGAAUGUGAGAGUAAAAGAGAGAAUGAAAGAAAGAGAGAAAGAGAGACACACGCACUCACAUAACGUCAUCGACGUCUGAGAGGGUUUCUUCGAAGAAAUCGGGUGCGCGCUGGAAACGGUCGGCUUUUUCCUUUUCUUCGCUCUUUACGCUACUUUAUGAGGGAGAAAAAGAUACGAACAGUAGGAAAGUGGACACGAAACGUUGAUUAUCCUCGUCGACUGCGAGUGUGUGUGUGUGUGUGUGAAUAUGCGCGCACCCAUGCUACGUUGGUCGUGUGCCAGGUGAGCUUAACAAACUUGAGCAAGUUUCGUCGCCUUUUCUACGGAAUGACGUCAAAGUAGUCUCUGUGUAACAUGGAAUACCGUCGUUUACUCUGCGCGAAAGCGCCAGCGCGAGCCGUCUUUGUCUAUCUAAUCUAUCUAUCUAUCUAUCGACUUAUCUCGCAGUCUUUCAUUUAUGCAUCGGACACCACUUGUACCUCUGGUGCCCAUCGAGAUGGCGUUUCUCAUUCUCGUCACGAUGAUGACGACAACGCGACGCGCGAAGGGAAAGAUUAUCCUCUCAUACGAGGGAGAGUCGAUCUGAGGAUUCGGUGCCAGAGUUGGUUUAAUAAACCCGAUCUAAAAAAUCGCGUCUAAAAUGGGCGUCGCAAAUUACGGAUUUGCCGCUGCAUUCCCGUAGCGAAUCCUCCAAUCGCGAGUUCGAGGUAACUGUGACCGUUGCAAUUUUCAAUGACAAGAAUCUUUGUGCGCGGUCAUGGAGUUCUUGGUAAUUUCGAUCUGACUUUUCUCACGUGCGCGCAGCUUUCCUAAACGCAGUUGUAUAAAUAACGCACGCCGGCAUAUUGUUACGAAAUUUUAACGAUUCGAGAGAUCGAUACAUUUAAUAUAUUAAAAACGACGCCAAAAGAAAGAUAUAUUUAUUCGAAACACGAGAGCCCAUCUUUAUUUUGCGUUAUUGUUACAUAUGACACGUAAUAAUUAAUUAUUAUCGUUCUAAAGUCUUCAAGCUCCUCCGGUCAAGUGUGCGAGGAUUCAAUUCUGUCGUUGAAAAAUCUGACUGGGUCACAUUUAUCCCGUAAUGUCGCAAAACUGACACUGCAGUUCCUCGGGAAGUGAUUACAACGACGAAGCGCCACACGCUUCCUUUCUCUCGAGAGAGGUCUUCCUUUUUCGCGCAUUCAGACCGUUUCCAUCACGCGCCGUUCCCCUCAGCCUCCGUGCACCUGCAGUAUCCUCUUGGAGAGGCGCAAUCGCGGAUAAGGUGGCGCUUCACGCUGCAGCUGGAUGACGAUUCACUUGACUAACAAUAGAGCUCGAGAUGAGAGAGCAUUCUCUCGAGACAGUUCCGUUCCGUGAUGUUCGAAUUUUCUUUUUUUUUCUAGAUUUGCCGAGUAAACUCGAGGUAAGGAUCUCUGGAGGGAUCGAAGACGCGAAAGUACUGUCAGACUCUUUUUCCAAGGUGAACAGGGAAAAUUAGACUUGAACUCGCUUAAGUAACUUGACGAAAACACUCGGAAGAUUUAUUUUAUUUUAGAUUUUCGAAAAUAAAAAAAGACAAACGAGUUAUAGAUAUUUAGGAUAAUCAAUAUUUAAAGGGAAGUAGCCUAACAGACUUGAGACUAUUUAUUACAUAUAUUGAGAACCGGGUUUAUAAGUUCAUAAGUUGAGUCAGCAAAUCUAUGACGUUUUGCCUAAUUGACUCUUUAUUUAAAAAAAAAAUUUCGUACUUUGAUUUGAUUCGAUUCUGACUCGAGCGCGGCGCGUCUUCGAUUUCUUUGCGAUAGUAUAGCGUGUUUUUUUGUUUGCCGGAAUAAUAUAGCUUAAAUUCCCGAUGAUUUUCAUAAAUGACGAAAGAAAGUAAUGAUGACGGAAAAGUCUCGGUAUGAUACACGUUUUAACUCGACCAGCUCUCACCAAAUUGCCGUAUCGUAGAAUCAAGAGCAUAGAUCGUCGCAAAAGAGAGAUCGGGUGUACAGUUUAAAACGCAUUUGCUAGCCGCAGUGUGAAGAUUCGGUCGCCUCAGGUUAGUCUGUCGCAAAUUUUAUUUUGUUAAUGCUCCGAGUCGAGCCGAGACACACCCUCGCGACACGGACGGCAGAAAGCGCCACCGAAUUAAUUUGCCAAACGCAAGAAAGAUGCGAAUUUUGUUUUAUUUAAAAAGUUUAUUAAUUUACAAAGUCAACAAUAACAAAGUUAAAUUGUUAAAAUUUUCAUUUGAAAAGAAAAGAAGACACAAGUACAUGCUUCUCCUGCGGUUUGAGGCGAAUGAAGAUGUAAAUGUGGAAGAAUGGGUGGCAAAUAACGUAUUACUGAUAUAAGAAAAGUCACGAUAGAAAAUCAAAAGUAACAGUUGAUCCGCGAGGGUGAUUGACUCUGCUCAAGAAAGCCCCCUUUAUCCCUUUGUCAAAGGAACAAUGUUGGCGACGCAUGAGUGAGUGGUAAGUACGGAGGGUGCUCACGGAAUCGAACACCAGCUCUCUACACUCGACUCACGCCGUUUUCUUCACUCUUCCUUUACCACGUCUCGCCGUUUCUCACGCCGAUCGUAGAGCGCGGCCGAUUUCGGUCGGAUCUUUUAGCUCGCGUCAUUAUUUCCGCCACUCGAAAAAUCCGCUUCUACUUGGUCCCGUCGAUAGAUAUUCGAGCGCGAACUCGCGAUCUGCUCGGUAGUGUAGCCCUUGUAUCUCAGCCUCGAUAUUGCACCUUGCUCUACGAUCGGACACGCUCGAUUCCUUCUCGUCCUCAAACUUGGCGGACUUUUCCCACUAUGUCUGCAAAACUUGGCACACUCCCCCGAACUUCUUUUGUCUAUUCUCUCGUCCACUUUACAUCUCUUGCCUUCUUGUCUACUAUACGCUCUUGUUAUAAUUUCUACUCAGGGUGUCUAUUGAUAACGCUGACCGAAGCGUCCGUUCCCGUUGCUUCUGUAUCGUUAAAGUCCAUCUAUAAGACGCACUGUUCCUACAAGCUGUAAAAGAUUGUCCUAACUUUUUGCAGUUAGUUGAGAAUAAUUGUAUCGUUUUAAUGUCUUAGCGCAGUUGAAAUAUUUAUCGGUCGAUGUCGAGUUAAUUUUAAUCCCAAGUCUCAUCGUUUGUCUCUUUCCGGAAACUAGAACCGAACUAGAGGAAGAAUAGAUCGUACUGCGAGACCGAGGGGUCACGUCGGCGAGAGCGACUGCGUGUCGAUCGGCCCUACCGAUUAAUCUCCCCGGCUCGUCGUCGGUCCUUUUUAGAGAAAGGAAGAAAGUAAAUCCAAUUAUUAAUUAGCAAAAUUCGACGUACGUGUCGUUCGUCGCGCACCGAAUUUAACUUUUCGGUCAACUUUCGUUCUAGGUUUAAUCGAUCGACCGUCCCUACGGACGAAAAGUCGAUCAGAUCUCGGGCCGAGAUUUAAGCGAACGAUAACGGAAGAUAUCGCCCCGUGUGCAUACGCGAUUGAUUGUUCACGCCGUGAUCGUUCGUAGCGUGGGCGCGGUGACGAAGACCCCCGAUUGCUUCUCUGUGUUGUUGUCUUCAGUAGGCACCCUGCUGCUGGUUUUCGUUCUUUCGACCACCACUCUCGCCCACCGUCGUCGUCCGGUACUACUACCGACGCCUCCUCGACCAAACAAAAAAAAAUACAGAAAAGAAAAUACAGAAAAAAAAAUAGAAACGAAAAUGAAACAGCAUUGAAAGCGCGCCGUACAACACGUGUACGUACCAAUACAUGAUCUACGCAUCGUUAUUAUAAUUCUUUUAUUUUUCAGGGGUUGUCUUUCCGAAUCUCCCCCCGCGAACACUCUGUCGCUUUACUCUCUUGCUCUCGUAACGGUGCCGCGACCGUUCCGAGGGCCAGAGAUUGUUGUUGACUUGCUCAGAGUAAAAUUGUUAAGAUUCAUAUACCAUUGACAAACAUAAUUUUUUUUGGUCGAGUGCCAGUUUGGACAAAAAUUUGGACUUGAGAGACGAGGGUUUCUAUAAAAAAAAAAAAAGUAUUGAAAGUGGGAAACGAAAGUGAACGAUUCAUUCAUGGAGACUAGCACUUGCGUAAUAUCGCACCCGCUCUAUUACGUAAAGCUGUCUUCGAGUGGCACGAUCGAUCCAUCAAAAAUCGAACCGGCUUUUGGUCGCGCGAUUUUCUUUUGCGAAUAGGAAAAUAAAGUUAGAAAGUAACUUAUUAUUUUAAUUAUAUACAUGUAUGUAUUAUAUAAAUAAUUUUUAUAAUUGAUGUAAAAAAGAUUUGUUUGAAUUUAUGAAUUUUGAUAACUUCAUAAUUUUUUUAAAAGUCUAAUUGGGCGUAAGAUAAAGUCGAAAAUUGUGCGAACCAAAUCCGGCGGGGUCCUCGGUUUUUCUUUCUAUCUUUCUUUGUUUUUCAUUUUAUUUUCGCGAAGAGAGAAGCGCGUUUUACGCAAAGCUUCGCGCUCCGGCGAUUCGGCAGGACAAUCUGACAGCAGAAUUUUGGAGAUGUAGAAGUUAUAUUAUUUAUUGAGUGUCAUAUUAUCGACAUGCUCCGAAUAAAAUAAAGAAAACAUUUCAAGGAAAGUUCGAAAGUUUUGGGCAUAGUCUGCUGUUCUGGGAUAUGUCGCUAUAGCGAUCUCACAAUCGGUUCCUCAACUUCGCCGAUCUCGCUUGUGUGACAAAGUUGACGGAAUCUCACGCGCAUCACAUUCUUAUAAUUUUUGCAGUAUCUGAACAUAUCGUAUGCUUUUGUGUCUUGUUGUUCGAGCCAGAAAUUGAGAAACGGUGUGAUUUUUACCUGUUCAUGACGUUAUCGCUGGAUCCGUAUCCCAAAAUUGCGGGCGACAGCCACAUAUUGUUUCAACCAAUCACAGCAAUCUCAUCGCUGUUGGACCUAAUCGGUCCCUUGCCUCAAGGCAGGCGAUUGUUUGGACCUACCGUCCUAGAGUCGAGACAACCGAGUUGCAACCUCCCGAUUUUCUCCGGUCGGAAUCGUAUACCGACGGGAAGAAAAGCGAACGAGCUCUCCCCUGAGAUUUUCAAUUUCCAGUUUUGGAAUUCAAUCAGGAGACUGGAAGAAAAUCGAGGAAGCGAAAGUCGUGUUUGAAAAAAAGAAUUCUAGGCACACUUGUAUUUCUUAUUGAUUUUUAUAUUACUUUCAAAUUAAUGUUGCCGCAUUUCGACUUGACACAGCUCGAAAAUGUUAAUCUUUUUGCAGCGUCGGUACACUUCCGUCUUAUUUUACCGUCUUAGUAUAUUAGCCAAUGUUUUUCUUCAUAUAUUUUUUACGCGACAACAUCGAAAUGCAUUUUGGCUUACACGUUUUCUUCCAGACAACGGCUCGAUUCGGCUUUUCGAAUUGCAUCAGGAAAAGAAAAAAAAAGAGAAAUCUGGGGGAGUGACGGUUCUCGGCUUGGCGGACGCGUGGCUGGACCGAGAAACAAUAUUAAUAAUCGGUUAAUGAAUCGCGGGUAAUUCGUAUUAACCGAUCGAUCGUUCGGAACGUCGAAACGAGAGAAGAUUGUGUUCAGAUGUGUAGAGCGAUGCAACUAGCACGUAUCUUUUGUCGAUGAAUUUUAAUCCUUUCAAGACGCUUUCUGAUCGCUUGGCUUUUGUAGAGAGACACGCAUCACUAAAUAUCACUACCAUUACGAUUGGCAAUUGUCUAGGCAAUCGUUUACUAUCUAAGGAUUUUUCAUUCCUGCCCAGCGGAGUCCGGGUCUUCUUUUCGGAUCCAAGUAUCUGGAACUAAUCUUUAAAUUCCAAAGGGAGGGAAUAGUUAUUUUGUUAAUGAAAUGAGUAUUAACUUUGUAAAAGUCUUGUUUAUCAUCUUUUUCACUCGAAAGUCUAUGUUUUGUUAUUUAUUUUCUAGAAAGAAGAAAUAUUUUGUAAAAUAUGAUUGAAAAUCUAACGAAGUUUGGGAUGAAGGUACUGAACAAUUCGUUAAUCGAUAGUUAAAAAAAAACCUUAGUCCAAGCAAUACUUUGGCAAUUAUUAGCUAUAGUAUUUCCGUUACUUUAUUUUUAUCUCGUUGUUUAAAAACAUUACUAAUUUUCAAAUUAAUUUCAAAACUUUUCCGCGCACAUUUCUUUUAUUAUUUCAUUUAUCGCAUCGCCCCCAAAGUGUCGAAAGGAUUAAUGAUGCAUAAUCGCGACCCCGGCUGCGUCUUCGAAUAAUCGUCAAUAUUUCAAAAUUGCUUGCGCUCGGAGUUUCUCAUUCUCUUGUGGUUUUUUUUUCUUUUUUCUUUCUGAAUCGACGGCAAAAUUUGCGAGAGUGAAUUUCCGCCGAACAAGAAUUUCGCAGCUCUCGUCUUCGACAGUUCGAUCGUAUCGUAGAAUGCUUAGCUGGUUCUCUCUCUCUAUAUAUAUAUAUAUAUAUAUUAUAUGUGUAUACCGAUAUCGUCCUGUAUCCUUUGCGCUCGCGCGCAAGGACCUCGCCUCCCCCGUUCCCUUUUUAAUAUCCCUAUGUCCCCCCUUACGCUAAUAAUGUCUUUACACUUGGUGACAGCGGAUGCACGAUAUUCGCUCUCGUGGGGAUCGCUUUUGCUCGACGAACCGGUAACACGGUCGCUCUUUGUCAUCCUAAUACUAUUGUCCUGCGGCUCGGUCCAUUCGGAAAUAAAACACGUCUUUUCGGGAUCAUUCUGACGUCUCUCUCCCUCGUUUAAGGGUGUCGCGAUGAUCUGCGGGAUUAAAAUAAAUGAAAAUCGUCCGGUAUCAAUUUUAUUUUUUUCAUUUGAAUGAAUUUCUCUUCUUGUUAUAACGUUGGUAAUCACGUCACUGUAGAAUAACGAAGAGAGAUCUAGAUAAAAUCGAUAUUCCACUUUUUUUAAGCUUCGAUUACUCCCGAAUGAGUUUUUACUGUCGCGACUUUAUCUCGAUAGUCUUUUUAGGAAAUGUACUGCCAGCAAAUCUGUUGUUAAUGUUUAAGCUGUUUUGCGAGUCUCAAUAAGACUCGUGCGAAUUGCGUGCAGGUAAUUUUCCGUUGCAAGAGCUUAACGACACGUCGUCGAGGUGUUUUAUCGCGUGUUCACUUAGGCAUUUAACGGCGCGAUAUUUUAAAGCCACUUAGCCAGCUUCGCUUAAUAAACACAGCGAUGUAUUAGAGAGCCGAUUUGCGCGCAAUUUCAACGGCCACUUUAACUUGGACGUGCUGAAAAAAAGAGGCGCCUCGCGAGAAAGCGAGGCCGACUUUUCGCGAACGCGACGAUCGUUAGCGGGAGGAGGGCGAUUUUGCGGAUCAAGGAAAGACGAAAGUCUCGUCCCUGCUCGUCGCUUUUAUUUCCGAAGCGAGGACCGACCGCGGACGCCUCUAGACGUAGCUUUCUAUCCUUCUACAACCUUGUUGUUUUCAGCCGACUGCGUUACGAGCAGAACGGACAAUAAUGAUCGAGGAAAGAAAGAGAGAGGGAUAUGAGAAAAAAAAAGUAGCGAAGUGACACGAGUGUGUGUAUCCAUUCAGACUGAUCAAUAAAAUCAUUUCAACAAGAA